GUCGAUAGAUCUGGCUACUUUGAACGCAAAAGUCGCUGCCCACCAAGUUUAAUAGAAACCGACCUGCCAAUUCGUACGUAUAUAUCAUUACAGUCUCUGGCAUCGUCCGCGUUGCUUUAGAUUUGAGUCACAAUCCAACACGCUAGUUUUUAUUACAGACAGCGCCUGUCCUGACCUCGACGAUGCCUUCCUCACCACCACACCGUUACCCAUCGAAUUCCCAGAACAACCCCACCAAUAAACCAUGACCAAGCGCUCUUCCCUCCUCAUCCCCUGGCACGGCCUUCCCCCAGAACUAAUCUUACAAAUUCUCACCCACGUCCUCCAUACCACCCCCUUCCACCCGCACCCUCCCCUCCUCCCCCUCCUCCUAACCAGCAAACACACCCACACCCUCGCCCUAGAAGCCCUCCGCAACACAACCCUACCCCUACACCUCUCCCCCUCUGCAACUCCAGUACCCAUCUCACCCUACCUCGCACCGCACGUGCACAGCCUCCACAUCACCCUGCACCUCCCCGCGCUCCUCUCCUGGGAGCCCCUAGCACCACACACCGCCGCGAAGUCUUCGCCCUGGAGCGUGCUGCUGACGCGCCCCGACUCGCCGGCGCCUGAGUGGCAGCGCGCGCUCGCGCACCUCAGUGCGCUUACGCUGACGCUCGAGAUUGGGGACUUGCGGUCUGCGUGUGGGACUUUUUCGGGUGGUUCUUGCUUGGCGGGGGUGCGGGUAGAGUGGUUUCUCGCGGGGGCGCGGUGCGGGUUGCGUGCAGCGUGGUGCGAGGUGAGGAUUAGGGGGCUGAGGUGUGGGUCGUUUCCGGCAGAGGGGGGCAGGGCGUGUUGGCGGAGGUGUGGGGAGAGGUUGGCGCGCGGGGUGGAGAAGCUUGUCAGGGGGGAGGAGGUGGUAGUGGAAAGGAGGUGGCGCGAUCGCUUCGGUGAUGCUGUUUGAUGAGGCAGUCCUGCUAGCCACGUGGUAGCUUGGAGGGUCGCCGUGUUGGGUGUGAGGGUAGAGUG